AUGUCGGCCACCGAAUCCUCGCCCUUUGUGGCUCCCGGGAAAGGGGGUGACCAGCCCACGCUUGAGGAGCCCGAGAGCCCAAGGCCCCCAACCAACCUCUCCAAAACGCAGCAGGAUCCCUCGGACGUGGGCUCCCAACAAACCGUGAUGAGCACCGAAGCACAGGCGGGGUCGCAGCCAUCCGCAGAAUCGACCGAUGUUCAGACCGACACAGCGGAAGCCUCUCAACAUCUAGUAGCUGCCCCGUCUCAACCGGACCUGCUAGCGGGACAGGUCGAAGCGCUGUCCCUGUCAGUGAAAGUGCCUGAAUCUGGACUGUCCUCCACAACCAAUACCCUUCCUCCACCCCCGCCGCCCGAGAAAGACGAUUCAUACCUUAACUCGAACUCGACUAUCCCUGCCACCGCCCUCCAGCAAGCUAGCGCGCCUAACUCCGGACCAGGCUCCGAGAAGGAACUGCCAGACGUUCCCGGCGAUAGCGACCCAGAAACGAAGCAAGCUAUUCGAGAUAAUGGAGGUUCUCGAGACGACAAUGAUUCCCAGCCGGAGAUACAGAAUAUCAUGGGCCAGUUUCAGGACCCUGCGCGAACCACUGGCCAACAGGAGAUAAUGUCACCUCGACUAGAGCUGGCUGAGCAGUUCCGCAGUGCGCAACACUACUUUCCGCCUCGCCGGUCGAGCCUCGAUCCAGUACAACCCCCCAUUUCUGGUCCAUCAAGUGCCGCAUCGCAUGUUGGCCCAGCUGUGCCAGCUCGCAGACCCUCCGCCGUCCCCGAAGAGCCUACCCUGACCCGACAAUCAUCAGCCUCAACAGUCCCACCCCCACCUGAACCUGAACCCAAUCAGCCGUUCGAUUUCCACAGGUUUUUAGAGCAGCUGCGUCACCGAACUGCCGAUCCAGUGGCGAAGUUCCUCCGCUCGUUCCUCACGGAGUUUGCAAAGAAGCAAUGGAUGGCCCACGAGCAAGUCAAGAUCAUUAGCGAUUUCUUGGCUUUUAUCACAAAUAAAAUGGCGAUGUGUGAGGUGUGGCGUGACGUGUCAGACGCCGAGUUUGAUAAUGCGAAGGAAGGGAUGGAGAAGCUGGUUAUGAACCGCCUUUAUUCCCAAACCUUUUCGCCUGCGAUCCCGGCGCCCCCGACAAUUCCGAGAAGUGUAAGCCGCAGCCGAAGGAGAGAGAUCGAAAGGCUUCAUGGGCCAUGGCGACGUGGCCAGCAUCAAGAGGAUAUUGAGCGUGAUGAUAUUUUGGCGCAAAAGAUUCGCAUUUACAGCUGGGUCAGUGAGGAGCAUUUAGAUAUUGCCCCUGUUAGUGGUGGCGGGCGACGGUUUUUGAGUUUGGCGCAGCAAGAGUUGUUGAAGAUUAAUGGCUACCGGGCUCCUCGAGAUAAGGUCAUCUGCAUCUUGAAUUGCUGCAAAGUGAUCUUUGGUCUUCUGAGGAACAGCAGAAAAGCCGAUACUUCCGCCGAUGCAUUCAUCCCACUGCUGAUCUACGUGGUACUGCAUGCAAACCCGGAUCACCUCGUUUCUAACAUUCAAUAUAUCCUGCGUUUCCGCAACCAAGAAAAGCUCGGGGGCGAAGCAGGCUACUACCUAUCUUCAUUAACCGGAGCCAUCCAAUUCAUCGAGACCCUGGACCGCACUAGUCUCACGGUUAGCGACCAAGAUUUCGAGCGCAAUGUGGAGGCGGCCGUCUCCGCCAUCGCUGAACAAAACCGCGAAUCUGAAUCUCUAGCUGAGAAGCCUCUGCAUCGUCCCACUACCCCCGGUGGCCCGGCCCAAUCACAGACCGGACCGAGUCGGAGGGAUGCCUCCCAAACCAGCGACGACGACACCCCUGCACCCGUAGCCGGCCUCCUGCGCACAAUCCAAAAACCUCUCUCCACCAUCGGUCGCAUUUUCUCUGACGACACCGACUUGAGCCCUGUUGUCCCGCAAGACCGUCCGCUCCAGCCCGCCGCAACACCACAACCAGGUAUUGUGCCCCCCCGCCUCACGCCAGACGUCUACCAGCCUCCUCGCGCAAGUAGUGAGGGGCGCCGUUCCGGCGACGAGCGCCCGGUCCCACCACGAGAAAAGACCGGCGGAGCACAGAAGAAGCUGAGCCGCGUGCUCGAUGCCCAGGACGCAGCUGCCCGCCAGGCUAGCGCUGAAGAAGCAGAGGCACAGCGUAUCCAGCAUGCUGAGCAUAAUAACGUCGUCGAAACACUUUCGAACAUGUUCCCGAAUCUGGACCGCGAUCUUAUCGAUGACGUGGUCAAGCAGAAGGAGGGGAGAGUCGGACUUGCCGUCGACGCAUGCCUUGCUCUCAGUGCAGAGUAG